GGGAAAAAUGGCUACACAAUUCAGUUCAUCUUUAAGGGAACUUCUGUUAUGAUCGCCACAAAUGAAUAAGUGUUAUCGCUGUAGCCUAUAUAGCUAGGGAAAUAACACAUCUGCAACAUUCAAUUGUGAAUGUCGAGGGUCGUAACAUCAGCGAUCUUUCGGUUCGUGAGAGAGUCAACCUUUACGAACACUUCAGGUUAUGGAGGAUAAUGUUAGCCUACCGUUAUAUAUUUGAUUUUAGUGUAUGCAAACAAACAGGCAUACUGUUUGGAUAAACGGUUAAAAACCUAAUCUUGGUGUGUGAAGACGGAUGACAGUCGCCUUUACUCGUGGAAAUCGAUUGACUGUUCGCGUGAUUAGUUUAUGAUGUGUUGUAGCGUGUGAUACAUUGUAGCCUACUUCGAGGUUACAUUGUUACAUUUAAUUGUUGGACGUUUCUUUGUAUCUGUGGCAUUAAGGUCUCUCACUGAAAAAACUCCGUUCGUGCAGGUGUUUUUGUCAUUGGUAGCGUGAAUUGUAGUAAAGAACAUGAAUACAGAAAAGGACUUUUCGCCUUUGACCCCAAACAUAGUACGAGCUCUAAAUGAUAAAUUGUACGAGAAGAGGAAAGUUGCCGCACUAGAAAUUGAGAAACUUGUACGUGAAUUUGUGGCUCAAAAUAACUCCACUCAAAUCAGGCAUGUUAUUCAAAUCCUGGCAUCAGAGUUUGCCCUCUCCCAACACCCCCACAGUCGCAAAGGUGGGCUUAUUGGCUUGGCAGCUUGUUCGAUUGCUCUUGGCAAGGAUUCUGGCCUGUAUCUGAAAGAGCUUAUUGAACCUGUGCUUACCUGCUUCAAUGACUCUGAUAGCCGAUUGCGAUACUAUGCUUGUGAGGCCCUAUACAAUAUCGUGAAGGUGGCCAGAGGAGCGGUGUUGCCUCAUUUCAAUGUGCUUUUUGACGGGCUUAGUAAGCUUGCAGCAGAUCCUGAUCCUAAUGUGAAAAGUGGCUCUGAGCUCCUUGAUAGACUGUUAAAGGACAUCGUCACAGAAAGUAACAAAUUUGACCUGGUGGCAUUCGUCCCAUUGCUACGUGAGCGGAUCUAUUCCAACAACCAAUAUGCUCGGCAGUUUAUCAUCUCCUGGAUUUUGGUGUUGGAAUCCGUCCCUGACAUCAACCUCAUAGACUACCUGCCAGAGAUCCUGGAUGGGCUCUUUCAGAUUUUGGGAGACAGUAGCAAGGAAAUUAGACGGACGUGUGAAGUGGUCUUGGGGGAGUUUCUCAAGGAGAUCAAAAAGACCCCAUCUAGUGUGAAGUUUGCUGAGAUGGCUAACAUUCUGGUCAUCCACUGCCAGGUGUCAGAUGAGUCAAAGCUCACAAAUGACUUAAUCCAGCUGACAGCCAUGACGUGGAUGAGGGAGUUCAUUCAGUUGGCUGGUCGUGUGAUGCUGCCUUACUCCUCAGGAAUCCUGACCGCUGUGCUGCCUGGUCUCUCCUAUGAUGACCGCAAGAAAAGCACUAAAGAAGCAGCCAGUGCAUGUAAUCAUAGUCUAAUGAAACUCGUCACCCCUGAGGAUGAUGAAGAGGAAGAGGACACGCGGUCACAAACAUCCCCACCCCAAGAGGACAGCCCGCCCAAGUCCCAAGAAGAUCUCAAUGACUCACUCAAUGCCUCUCAGGAGUCCAUCGGUCUUAGCAAAAUUAGCUUCUUCACCCCAGCAAGUUUAGACAGGGCGCAGGUUACUCUGGACCUGGAUGGAAUAGUUCAGGUGUUGGAUCGGCAUCUGCAUGACUCCUCCACUGGUAUGAUGACUCGGAUUGCUGUGCUCAAGUGGUUGUACCAUCUCUACAUAAAAACACCACGGAAGAUGUUCAGACACACGGAUAGUUUGUUCCCAAUGCUGUUGAAGACUCUUUCUGAUGAAUCUGAUGAGGUGAUCCUGAAAGAUUUGGAAGUGCUUGCUGAGAUUGCAUCAUCGCCGGCUGGACAGACGUACAACUCCGGGAUGUGUGACGGUUCUGACAGCAAAAGCGAACUCCAGGUUCCUGAGCCCAGUAUUGGCCAGCAGCUGGUUGUUGGAUCCAAAAUGGCUGAUUCCUCCCCCUCCACCCCCAGCAUGAACUCCUACUUCUACAAAUUCAUGAUAAACUUGCUGAAGCGCUUCAGUCUGGAGAGGAAGCUGUUGGAGACCAGGGGGGCCUUCAUCAUCAGACAGCUCUGUCUGCUUCUGCAUGCAGAGAACAUCUUUCACUCCAUGGCAGAUAUCUUGCUGAAGGAGGAGGACCUCAAAUUUGCCUCAACCAUGGUGCAGACACUCAACACCAUCUUGCUCACGUCAGCCGAGCUGUUCCAGCUGCGCAACCAGCUCAAAGACUUGCGCACUCAGGAGAGUUGCGCUCUCUUUUGCUGUCUGUACCGAUCCUGGUGCCACAAUCCCGUGGCCACAGUGUCCCUCUGCUUCCUGACACAGAAUUACCGUCAUGCCUAUGAGCUCAUCCAGAAGUUUGGGGACCUGGAGGUGACUGUAGAUUUCCUCAUGGAAGUGGACAAAUUGGUGCAACUUAUUGAGAGUCCCAUCUUUACCUACUUGCGUUUGCAGCUUCUGGAUGUGGAAAACAACCCUUACCUAAUCAAAGCUCUGUAUGGGCUUCUGAUGCUGCUGCCUCAAAGCCAGGCCUUUCAGCUGCUGUCUCAUCGACUGCGUUGCGUACCAAACCCAGAACUCAUGAGGACCGUGGAUGAUUCAAAGUCUUGCAACAUCAAACGUCCCAAUCAGACUCAUGUGGACUACACGGAGCUGCUGCAGCACUUUGACCGCGUCCAGAGCAAACACCUGGAGGUGAGGCACCAGCGUACGGGACGAGCAGAGCACACCGAUAGGAAGCUAGCGCUCUGAGAGCUAGCGCGCCGUUGGGAGUACAGUGUUUCAAGUAUUACAUGAACAUUAACUGAUGUUGGACCUCUAGCGGGAACUUUUUAUCACUUGGAUGUACUGGAUGUACUGUACUGUUAUUUUUCAAGUGCUUUAUGUUAAGAUAAGAUGAUUCGUUUUUUCUUGUUUGUUUGUGAAAUGUAUAUGCCAUCCUUUCUUCUGCAGUCUUUGACCAGUGAUUGGAAUGUUUUCAAAUCAUUGUAUUGUAGUUAUUUCAAACCAGUGCCGGCUGAGAUGCUAAAAGACUAGCCAUGAGUGAGUCCUUCACUAGGAAGCUUUCAUUGUCAGGGUAGUAUGCAAGCAGUGUCCGAUUACACAGCUAAAUGCUUUCAGCAGCUUGGUAGUUUUGUUGGCAUUGCUUUUCUUAUACCUCACAUCUCACAUAAAAAGACCAGCACUCUUUGAUUUCUGAUGCCAAGCAUCAACUCUGCAUUGUUGAAUACCUUACUGUCUCUUCAGUCUUGAUUCACCUUGGUGAAGAUGCAUCUCUAUUCAUGACUACUACAUUCCUUACCUUCACAUCUUUUCACGCUAACAUACAGUAUGCUACUCUGACCUGAUAUGAUCACCAAUCUAAUUGUAAACAACAAAUGUAAGUGUUGUCUAAAUUAUCAUUAAAGAAAUGAGGACCACAAUAAAUAAUAGUAAUCGCUAAAUAAACUGGUAUUUAAGAUGACAUGAAUCAUCCUCCUAAUCCCCUCUUCCAUGUUGCUCUUUCAUGAACAAUUAAUCACUGACUGGGUGUUCCCUUUGGGGGGUUAGGGUACAUAUUAUACGCUUUUAUUUUCAGGUCUGUUGUUUUUUUUGUUUAACAAUUGUAUUCAGAACUUUUCUAAAUCAGAAAUAGUGAAUUUUAGGAUAUUUUAGGACUGUACUUUACUACUUGUACUGUACUUCAAUGUGUAGAGGCAUUAGAGAGAGUAUACUAUUGAGGUGUAACAUUCUGGAUAUUGAUUCCCCAUCACCCUACAUAGAGCAAUUAAGCAGCUAAUUUUGUCAUUAGGCUUAGGCCUACAAAAGCUGAAGAUAAUUCUAAAAUUGGCUUGCAGUUUGUGAAAUACUUUACACUAAUACAUUUGUCAGCAAUUACAAUUGACACUGAUUUCAUAUGUUGACAUCAUAUAGUAGUAUACAGUGGCCAAUUAAAUUCCCUUUGCCCAUUUUGUCUUGUUAAAGAAAUAAUGUAUUUGUAAGUGAUAAUAUUAUAAAUCUACCCAUUUGUUUUACUACAUUUUAAGGAUGUAUUGUUCAAGUAAUGCCAUCUGAGUAACGCUUGAAUGGAGGGCAUUAGUUGAAAGACUCCAAUCUUUCCCAAAUCUUGUCUUCUGAUGUUUGGGUAGCUGAAAGAUGUGCUCUCCAGUAUAAAAAGGUCAGUAGCAAAACAAAAAUGUAUAAAUCAAAUCAAAUCAAAUCAUAGGCUCAUUGGCCGUGUAUACAUGCGUAUGAGGAAUUUGGUCUCUGCAUUUAUCCCAUCCAUUGAUUAGUGAACACACAGUGAGGUGAACACACUAGCAAUAUACUCAGUUUAUAUACGUUCUGCUAUUAUGGACUUUUCCUUGGUGGCAGCAGUGGGGACUACAACCACAGGCCUAACUAUCUAUUACUAUCUUACUAUCUAACACAACAUAACUCUGCUUUUAGGCAAUGCUUCAACAUCAACAUUACCUAACACACUGGUUUAAGCAAAACUGGUCAUUAUUAUUCUGAACAACGGCACACUGGGGUUACUCACUGGGGCAUGAUCAAGGAACAAGGACCUUGGCCAGCCAAUCUGGACCCACAAUUUCAGUUUAUUCAGCUUCAGCUACAGCUGUGGGAUCUGUUGUUUACGGACACUUCUUAAGGUUUACGUUUUACCAGUCAC